UCCUCCCACCUUCCAGCGAAACCAGACCACCUCUCUCUCCCCGUCGAAGCAUCAUCAGCAGCAGGAGCAUCAGCAUCAUCCAUGGCCCCCAAGGCUGCCGAGAAGAAGCCGGUGGAGAAGAAGCCCAAGGCGGAGAAGAAGGUGCCGGCGUCCAAGGAGGGCGGCGGAGGCGAGAAGAAGGGGAAGAAGAAGGCCAAGAAGAGCGUGGAGACGUACAAGAUCUACAUCUUCAAGGUGCUGAAGCAGGUGCACCCGGACAUCGGCAUCUCCUCCAAGGCCAUGUCCAUCAUGAACUCCUUCAUCAACGACAUCUUCGAGAAGCUCGCCGGCGAGUCCGCCAAGCUCGCCAGGUACAACAAGAAGCCCACCAUCACGUCCCGGGAGAUCCAGACCUCCGUCCGCCUCGUCCUCCCCGGCGAGCUCGCCAAGCACGCCGUCUCCGAGGGCACCAAGGCCGUCACCAAGUUCACCUCUGCCUAAUUUGUUAGGCUCUUCUUGUCUCUUUGUAACCUGUGCUGGUUGUUUGGAGAAAUAGUAACAGCGCUUCCAGUUCUUGCCA